AUGUCCACAACAGACCGGAUUCAUGCCCUUCUGGACAUGCUUGCACAGAAUCGAUCGGGGGCGUUAAGGGAUGAAGUUGUCAUUGACGCGCCAGUGCACUCCGUCCUCCCUCCAAAGUUACAGAAUCCACCAUAUCCGCCCCGUCCCGUGUCCAAAUCAGGAACAAAGCUGUCUCUUGCAAAGAAAACCAAGGAACUCAUCGACACUCGACCCCCAAACCCUCCCCCCAAGCCUUAUGAACCACGAUCUCGCCUGCACUCUAACUUCCCGCUGCUAAAGAAGCCCAACUUUACCAAAAACUACAUGGACACAGAUGCGAGAUUGUUCGGAGCACCUGGGGGCACUCAGACCCCCGGGGCUCGUGGCUCAGUGGCCCCCAUUCAAACCCUGGCGAAAAAACUUUCCCCACCCCGGUCGCGGAGUUUACGCAGCAAUGAUAACGACGAUUAUAAGGACAUAACCGUGGCUGACAUAGAUCAUUAUGGCAUGUACGAGAUGAUGCUUCGUGGAGACGUGCCCAAGGAUGCAGAUCUUGGACCUGUCUUCUUCGGCCAUCCAAGAGAUGUCAGACCUACUUUGAUCGCGCGAGUCUUGGGAACGCGCGAAGAGAUUCAGGGUGCAACCCAGCCCAGGAUUCGCGAAGACGUUCCAAGACACUUUAGUACAAUAAAAUUUGAUCUUGAUCUUCUCGAUCAAGCUCUCCAGGCCAUGCCUGCCUCAGACGAAUAUGACAUCUCUUUUAUAAGCGGCGGAGCUACGGCACAUAAGCUUGAAGAUGCCUCUACUUUGAGUCAAACAGAAGGGCCCAUAACGUUCAAUAUCUCUAGUUCAGAUAGAACAGACAGAUCACCAAAUGUGGAAGCAACAACAGUGGCGGAAACAAAGGCACUUGAGAAAGGUGCAAAACCAGUACUCAGGAGUGUCCAGAGACCGCUCUUGAGCACCCUUUUCAAGUAUCCCUCAGAAUACCAGAAUCUGCAGCACUUAGGACAAGCAACUAUAACCAUCAAGAACUCCGCACACAAGCGAAGGUACUCGUAUAUGCUGUCGCAUGAGUUUGUCUAUGACUUUAGUAUUCCGGUUGUAGACGGAAAGAUUCUAACAAAUACAAAUGUUUACCAAGCAAUGAUGGUACAGUACGCGUUUAUUUCUAGUUAUAUAGGUUUUAUUGUAGAUAACUUGCAGAGAUUAUUUAGGUAUACUCCUUCAUUCAGUGGUCACAUAAACGGCAAUAAUGUUAUCUCAUUAGCCCUUUCGGUGUACUUCAAGCCAUUUGUCAAUCUUAGUGCUCUCUCUGAAGAGGCGUAUUUCAGCUUAGUGCUUACAACUACUGCAACACCACUUAGCCUGCAGAUGACUGCCACCACAAAUAAUAGAGAUGCUGCAUCAGCCACUAUAAUUCAAGCAUAUUAUAGAAUGCUCUGUGCAAGAAGGAACUUUAUUUUUGUGUGCAAAAGCAAGAGGGCCUCAUUGCUUAUUCAAACAUAUGGCAGGAGGCGUCUUGCCCUCGAUAAGGUGGAAAGACUCCGGAUAGAAAACAAUGCAAAUAUGCAUCUGGUGAUGCUCAAUCUCAAAGCUACGUUGAGCGAUAACUUAGCUGCUACGACCGAAAAGCUAGCAGUGCGCUUGUCAGACCUGACAAUUAACCAAAAUCAAUGUGUACAUGAUCUGAUGAUAUCUGAAGCAAAUUUCUGGAAGAAGGCUUUUCGCAUUGGAUACACUCCAGAUGCAUAUAUGUACUGCAUACUGAUUGCAACCAGACCUUGCAAUCUAUGCAGUCAGAAGGUUUUGCUCGGACAUUCAAGUUCUCCUCCUUCUGAUAACCUAUUUCAAAACGGUAUCUUUCUACGACGUGACCUAUACUCCCUAAGUUUUGUUGACUUUUCUUUGCUUGUAGAUCCACGCCUGCACAUCCUUGCCCUAUGUGAUGGGGAAUACACAGGCAUCGCAGAAAUUAAGCUGGCACUGCAGAGGCUCUAUCGAGAUGCCAUUCCCUUGUCAAAGCUGGACGUCAACCGGAUAACAAUCUUGGACGAUCCAAUGCUCCUUGAGGCACUUAAAGAGCACCGUAUGCUUACAAUGCAUACCAAUCUUCUGUUAGACUUGCAGUUUGGUCGAACUCGAGCAGCCUUUAAGCGCUCCAUAUUAGAUGCAAUAACUAGAACGGGUGGGUCACCCGAUUCCUUGGUAUUUUACAUGCCCUACGCAUAUCAGCAAUUUGAUAAGAACUACGAAAAGCUGUCUUAUUUAACUGGAAUACCGAUUUAUGGCCACAUAACGCACGAAGCCCUGCAGUACACUAAUGUUCAAGAAAGGUUGAAGAGCGAUCAGAAAUUUAUUUCUUUGUCAUCUUCAUCCAUCGAUAGAUCACGCAGCCGCGGUCCAGAGCGAGUAGCGAGCUUUGGAGUGGCUCCUACACAGAACUUCUCCACAACAGAGAUCCAGAGCCCAGCAACUUGGACCAAGCUCGCUGUUCAUGCGAUGACCUCUCUUAAAUAUUCGUCGGUGAUAAUUAGGCCAGAUUUAAUGUGUUAUUUGCCUGGCUGUGACAUCCUGGGGGACUCUCUGGGCGGGCUAGCGUGUGGUAUGUCUGAGCUUGACAAGGAUGGGUACAAGGCAGUUAAGACCAAUACAGAUCUUAUCAGGGAGAUUACCAUAUCGUUUCCAUACAAAAAGAUAGAUGAGAAGUGCCUGAUCCACCUUUAUACCACUACAGGGGCUGUAUUGCAGUGCAUUCCAGUCAAUGAGAAUGUAAUAAGGUACAUAACUUUUGCAUUAUACAUUGGUACAAGUGCACAAUAUGUGGUGAUAGGAUCAUACGCUGAAGUACCCAGCUAUAGCUAUUUUCCCGUGGGCAAGCUGAUGUCAGCAUGUUAUCUUUCUCCUGCGCUCGGUGAGGUAGAGAUCUUCAGAUCAACGGUGGGCCUCUUUGCAUCCACCAUUGCGACAGCCUAUCAUUAUAGCGGCUAUAUAACGCUGAGCUUUGUGAUGACAACUGGAUACAAGUACGGCGCAGAUAGAGGGGUCAUAUGUCCCCGUCUUAUUUUUAAUGGUGUCACGUAUGGGCUAACUACUCGCAUCCUCACAACGGUGUACCAGUCGUUAUUGGGAGCGACAGCAUACGAUUAUAAUUUGAUGAUGACUUCAGUGGGUAAUAGCCUCGUUACAAAUCAGAAUAGGUUUGCACUGAUUGAGCUGGUAAUGAAGGUAAAGCACGCAGUCAGCGCAGCGCAGAGAACAGCAACUGAACUCAAUGUUGUCGUCGGUGGAUGGACCUUAGAGGAUGUGUUCACGGUUGGCAACGCGGUUCUCUCUAUUAUACAGCGAGAGUCAGGGUGUGAGGAGAUUAUCAGAGAGAUCCUUGAAGAGCAGAUGGGCAAUCUCCACUCACAACAACGAUUUGAAGAAUUAGGAUCGUCUCCCUUCUAUGUUUGCGGGCUCAAUAGCAUUGUCCACGGCAAGUCAGCCUCCUCCAAGUAA